AUGGUUGUCUUAGCAUUUCAAUUAUUUGUUUUAUUUAAUGCCAUUACGGCAGUAAAUAAAACGCAUGGUGAAUUAUCAUUUCAUGAUGGUAAUAAUAAUCGGAAUAUUGUACGAGAGGUCGAAAAAAGCAACCAAAUGAUACCAGCAGCUGCAUCUCAAGGAAUAGCCGAUACUACAAGUCGAAGUGAUCCAAAUAAUAUAUUAUCGACUUUACUUACUUGCAAAGCUUUUAAAAAGACAAUUGUCGAUGUUGAGAUGGCAUGGGAAAUCUUAACACUUCAUUCUUCACCACAGCUCAAUAUUACAAAAAUUUAA